AUUUGUGAGACUUUUGUUACGCAGGCUUUCUAGUUUGUAAAUUUCAUCUCGUUUUUCUACCUAGAUUCGGCUUAAAUACAACAAUUAAAAUGCCUGACCAUCUUGGAGACGAUAUGCGCAAAGUGAAACUCGACAACAAGGAGACGGAACCUGAGAUUGAAGCUCUUGAUGAAGUUGAUAUCGAACUUCUGAAAACCUACGGCCAAGGCCAGUACCACAAAUCGAUCAAACAAAUCGAAGAUGACAUCCAGAAAUCCAUCAAACAGGUGAAUGAACUCACCGGAAUAAAGGAAAGCGAUACCGGGUUGGCACCGCCCGCUCUUUGGGAUCUGGCUGCUGAUAAACAGAUUCUUCAGAAUGAACAACCCUUACAGGUUGCUCGUUGCACGAAGAUCAUCAAUGCAGACUCGGACGAUCCCAAAUAUAUUAUCAAUGUAAAGCAAUUUGCGAAGUUCGUGGUUGAUUUGGCUGACUCUGUGGCCCCUACCGAUAUCGAAGAAGGAAUGCGUGUAGGUGUGGACCGUAACAAGUACCAGAUUCAUAUUCCUCUUCCACCGAAGAUUGAUCCCACGGUGACCAUGAUGCAGGUCGAGGAGAAACCCGAUGUCACAUACAGCGAUGUAGGCGGAUGCAAGGAACAAAUCGAAAAGUUACGAGAAGUGGUCGAAACCCCUCUACUGCAUCCGGAAAAGUUCGUCAACCUUGGCAUUGAACCGCCAAAGGGAGUACUGUUGUUCGGUCCACCCGGCACAGGUAAGACGCUAUGCGCGCGAGCUGUUGCCAAUCGCACGGAUGCAUGUUUCAUUCGUGUGAUUGGUUCGGAACUGGUUCAGAAAUAUGUAGGUGAGGGUGCCCGUAUGGUGCGUGAACUGUUCGAAAUGGCUCGCUCGAAAAAAGCUUGUCUAAUUUUCUUCGAUGAAAUUGACGCCAUCGGUGGGGCCCGUUUUGAUGAUGGAGCUGGCGGGGACAAUGAAGUACAGAGAACUAUGCUGGAAUUAAUCAACCAGCUCGAUGGUUUCGAUCCGCGUGGUAAUAUUAAGGUAUUGAUGGCAACCAACCGUCCAGAUACACUGGAUCCUGCUCUGAUGCGUCCUGGUCGGUUGGAUCGUAAGGUGGAAUUCGGUCUGCCUGAUCUGGAAGGUAGAACGCACAUUUUUAAAAUCCAUGCUCGGUCGAUGUCCGUCGAAAGGGACAUCCGUUUUGAACUGUUGGCACGUCUCUGUCCCAACUCUACUGGGGCUGAAAUCCGUUCGGUCUGCACUGAAGCAGGUAUGUUUGCUAUUAGAGCGAGGCGCAAGGUUGCAACCGAGAAAGACUUCCUCGAGGCCGUAAAUAAGGUCAUUAAGAGCUACGCAAAAUUCAGCGCCACUCCGAGAUAUAUGACUUACAAUUAGGCUAGCUAGUUUAUUUCAGUGGCGUGUUUAUGUUUUGAUCCGUAAUCUAACAUUAUUGGAAAAUAUACUUGU